UAUUCAGUGCGCACUUGGUUAUAGAACGAAACAGUUCGUCCGCUGGUAAAUUGUGAUACUUCUCGUGUGGGCGUGGCAAUACUAGUGAUGAGCAACUGCCACAGGCUGCCGCUGCUGCUGCUCCUGCUGCUGCAAUCUCUGGGCUGGCUGCAAGCUCGUCGUGGCUUCGGUGCCGGCGAACAGGACUGGGCCUAUGUGGAGGUGCGAGAGGGCGCGCACCUCUUCUACUGGCUGCACUAUACCACAGCGAAUGUGAGCUCGUAUACGGAACGUCCGCUGGUCAUUUGGCUGCAGGGCGGGCCCGGUGUCGCCUCGUCUGGCUGCGGCUGCUUUGAGCAGCUGGGCCCCGUCGACAUCGAGGGCAAGCCGCGUGCCAGCAACUGGGUGCAGCAUUUCAAUGUGCUGUUCAUCGAUAGCCCAGUGGGCACGGGCUACAGCUACGUGGAGCCGCACGGUCACUAUGCCAAGCACAACAAUCAAAUAGCCAAAGAUCUGGUCAAGCUGAUGCGUGCCUUCCUGCACAGUCAUCCGGAAUUUCGGCGCAUGCCGCUGCACAUCUUCUCCGAGAGCUAUGGCGGCAAAAUGGCGCCAGAAUUCGCGCUCGAGCUGCAGCUGGCCAAGCAGCGUAGCAUUCUCGAGUGUCAACUGCAUUCGGUUGUCGUUGGCAAUCCGUGGACCUCGCCCCUGGACAGCACCCUCUCCUAUGCACCCUACCUGCUGCAGCUGGGCAUCGUGGAUCACGAGGGCUACAGCAGCAUCGCCCACGCGGCCGCCAAGGUGGCCAGGCUGCUCUACGAUGGCAAAUGGCUCCAGGCCAUGGAUCAGAGCAUCCAGGAAGUGAUCGAGAAGUACACUGGAGGCGUAUUCCUCUACAACACCCAGCGUCGUGUUCAUAUCAACGAUGUCUAUCGCUACGGCGAGGACCCCAAGCUGAGGGAAUUCAUGAUCAACAAUGUCACGCAGGCGCUGAAUCUGACCCACAUGUCCGAGUGGAUGUCCCAGAACGCAACGGUCUUCAUCAAACUGGGCCACGACAUCUUUAAGCCAGCGGUGCACAUAGUUACGCGACUGCUGAAUGAGACACCGGUGCGCGUGGGCGUCUACUCGGGCAUGCUGGAUCUGCUGUGCGCGACACCUGGCACCGUCAAUUGGAUCAAUCGCAUGAGAUGGCAUCGCAAGGAUUUGUACGUAAGCGCCACACGUCGCCCCAUGCGCAUCGAUGGCAUGCUGGAGGGCUAUGAGAAGCAGGGCGGAGGCUUCAGCAUGUUCUGGGUGUAUCGCGCCGGCCAUCUGGUGCAGCAGGACAAUCCUGCUGCCAUGUCGUAUAUACUGCGUGAAUUUACGGGCUUCGGAUGAGAUUUCACUGUUCUAUAUGUCUGGCUAAUAAAGUACGAUA